AUGGCAGCUAUUGAUGACGAAGAUUUCGAUGAUGAUUCAGCACCAAUAUAUGAAAACGAAAAAUUAGAUAUACUCAUUCGUAAAAUGCGAUUAUGUGAAUCAGCAACAUUUUAUGUAGAUACUAUAUCGAAUGGCGAUAUCAUAUUAAUUUCAGAUGAAUUGAGAACGAAUCGAAUGUGGAAUUUUCUUCAAAUAAUUGGAGAAAAUUUAAUUACAGAAGAUGGUGUUAAGUAUUUAUUCGAAGCAUUAGCAGCUAAUAAAUCAGUAAAAGCUCUUCAUUUAUGUGGUAAUUCAUUAGGAAAUAGAAGUGUCAAACUUUUCAUGAAUUCACUUGCGUCCAAUACAACGAUAGAAGAUCUAAACUUAACAGACAACCAAAUAACAGAUAUUGGUGCUCAGACAAUCAGUGAAAUGCUUCGAACGAAUACAGCACUCACCAUUUUAAUAUUACACGCUAAUCCAUUAUCUGGUAUCGGUAUAACAUUAAUCGCUCAAGCUCUUCAACAUAAUCGAAUCUUGACAACUUUGAAAAUUGGUAGAACUGGUGUGACAGACAUGGGUGCUGAAGAAUUAGCCUUAAUGAUUCAAUUAAAUACAACCUUAAAAAAAUUAUCACUUGAUAAUAAUAGAAUUAGUGAUAUAGGGAUGCAAGCUUUAUGCAUGGCAUUGAAACAAAACCAAGUAUUAGAAUGUAUCGAUAUUCGACAGAAUCGAAUAUCAGAUAAGAGUAUUGACGAUAUCGUUUCUUUGCUUCAAACCAAUCAAACAUUAAAUGUAUUGAAUCUAGUACGAAAUCGAUUCAGUGAUCAAGGAAAAAAUACUUUACGACAAGUGAAUGUUAUUUUAAGAGUGAAGCUGUAG